AUGGUGCCGCUGUAUACAUCUCUUUUCCGACCGUAUGGUCAACUUCUUAACCAUAUCCCGGGGCGAUUUCUUUCUCUCUCUAGACCUCGCGUGGACUACUCUUUGAUGCUGUCCCGUCACUUUUCCUCCACUUCGUCUGUUACCAAACCGCCGAAAACGGACGCUGCGGCACAACACGGCGAGGGCCAUGACUCUCAUCACGACACAAACAAUUUCUACCACAUGCCCUCCCACCAUUCAGCCUCUCGUCAUCAUCUGAAUCCCGACGGCACGAUGCGCAAUCUGACGACGGCAGAGACUUUCCACUGGGAGCACGCCGAGGCAGAGACGCCAGCGCAGCAGAUCGUCUCCGUCAAUGGGCGCAAGAUGGUCAAGGGAGUGGAGACCAGAGAUCUUGUCGAACUUUUCCUCGUUCAUCAGAAGAACAUGCCUUUCUGGCCCCGAAUGCGCAUGAACGUCUGGGGAAACCACGACUUGCUCAUGAAGGCUGAGUUCGUCUUCUUCUGGACGCCCACGUUUAUCAUUUGGUCCCUUGCCAUUCCCGUGUUCACGCUGUUGUACAUGCUUGACGAAGCCGUUAACGCCGCCAUGACAGUCAAAGUUAUCGGAAGACAGUGGUACUGGAUCUACGAAGUCGAAUCGCCUGUUGACGACGAGGAGGAAUAG